AUUGCAUUCGAAGUGGGCGUGGUUCGAAGGCUGAGGCCGGCGGCGUUCGCUGGUCUCCCGGGUGGCGGAGGCGGGGCCGGCCCGAGGGGCGGGGCCGGCCUGGAGCAUGGCGUGGUCCGGCUGCCUGUCCCGGCUCCAGGUGCUGGCGGCCGCCUUGGCCGCCUGCUGCGGGCUGGGGGCCGCCUCCCUCGCCCGGUGCCGGCCGGCGCGCCGCCUCCGCCGCUGCCUGGCCAAGGUGCUCAUGGCCCUGGCCGGGCCCCUGGUGUUCCGCAUCGGGUACAGCCUGUACGCCCGCACCCGGCUGGGCUACCUCUUCUACAAGCGGCAGAUGAAGAAAGCCCGGGAGCGGUAUCCGCAUGGCCACUCGAUCCCCCAGCCCAUGAUGUUCAGUGGGGUAAAGAUCCUGCCGAUCCCUGUGUUAGCCAACAACUACAGCUACCUGGUCAUCGACACCCGCUCCAACACUGCUGCCGCCAUCGACCCCUCAGACCCGCUGGCCGUGCAGGCAGCCAUCGAGCAGGAGGGGGUGACGCUGGAGGCCAUCCUGUGCACCCACAAACACUGGGAUCACAGCGGGGGGAACGUGGCGCUGAGGCGGCUUCACGGCUCCUGCAGGGUGUACGGCAGUGCCUGCGAUGCCAUCCCUGAGCUCACCAACCCCCUCUCGGAUAAGGAGACCGUCGCCGUGGGGCAGCUGCGCUUCAGGGCUCUCCUCACCCCGGGGCACACCGUGGGGCACAUGGUCUACGUGCUGGACGGGAAGCCCUUCGAGGGGCCGGCCUGCCUCUUCUCCGGAGACCUGCUCUUCCUCUCAGGCUGCGGGCGGAUAUUCGAGGGGACGCCGGAAACCAUGCUGGCCUCGCUGGACACAGCUGCGGACCUGGCAGAGGACACGCUGCUCUGGCCAGGACACGAGUAUGCCCUGGACUGCCUGAUGUUUGCCAGCCUGCUGGAGCAGGCCAACCCCGUGCUGGAGCAGAAGCUGCAGUGGGUGAAUCAGCAGCGGCUGGAGAAGAGGAGCACGUGCCCCUCCACCAUCGGCGAGGAGAAGGAAUACAACCCGUUCCUGCGGACCCACUGCCGGGAGCUGCACCGGGCCCUGCGGCUGCAGCGGCUGAGCGGCGAGGACUGGGACAGCUUCCGGGCGCGGGUGCUGAAGGAGGUGCGGCACCGCAAGGACCGUUACAAAGCCAACUAGCCCCCUGGCAGGGCGGCGGGCGGGGGGGCUCUGCCCCGUGAGCAGCCUCCCAAAGGAGGGCGACCGUCCCUGUUGGGGUGGGGAGCGUCUGGCUGGGAACGGGUCUCACCCCCCCUCAUGGCGAUGGGGCGGAUUAGUGGAUAAAGACGGGUUCAGGUGGGAUCCCCCCACCCCCCACCCUGCUGGCACAAGAGGGCUCGUCUCCAAACAAAGUGGAUCCUUGCUGGUGGAAAGAAGAAGGGGGGGGGGUUAAAAUCCAGGAUGACCCCCCCCCACACUCCCCAAACCCAUCCCCAGGAGGCAUCUGACUCCACAUGGUGCCAGUGGUGACCUUCAAUUGCUGCUGGCUGCUCGGGAUGAAUUCCCCCACCCCCCACCCCUAAGAUAGGGGGCAGGGAGUGGGGGGUUGGCGAGGUGCCUGGAAAAGCUUUUCCAGGGAGCAGGGCUGUUACUGUUUCUCUCGGGGACUGGACUUUGGCUGGUGGUGCGGCUCCGGGGGUUGUCUCUAUGAUACAGGCCCGCAGAUCCCAUUACACAGUGCCCGGUCCUGAGCCCAGCUGGGCGCCCCGGCGUGUGGGGAGCGGUGCUGCCCGGGGUGGCAUCGGGGGCAGCGCCACGAGUGCUGUGUCGGUUCUUUCCUCUGCGUCCUGUCCCAGCCGGCCCGUUUGUGGGGCACCGCUGACUCCUCCGUGAGCACACGCCCACCCCCCCGCGCUGGCUGGGAGAGACCAGGACGAACCACCACAAAAGCACCAGCCGGGGGCGCCACUGCACGGAACCCAGCUCCGAUAGUGGACGGGACCCCCCCGGCGCUGAACGUUCCUCCCCCCUGCGGCAUGGGGACGGGUGCAGCUGCGCCGGCAGGGAUCGAGGAUGAAGCUGUGCUGUUGGCCGGCCGGUGGCUUCCCUUCAGGUCUCUGUUAACUUUGGUGAUUGUUCCCUGAUUGAAGCAAGACCUGCUCCAUGCAGCUGGGGUGCAGGGAGUGUGUGGGGGGGGGGAAUGUGUGUGUGGGCGGGGGGUUAGGUCCUAAAGGAUUUUCAGGUCUCCACUCCAAGCACUAGGAUCCUAUGAGUUUAUAGCUUAGGUCUCCAGCCUGGGGAUGGUUCUACAUCCGCCCCCUUUGCUCUGGAGGUCGUUGGGGGCUGGGAGAAACAGACCCGGCCUGCUUCCUCCCCCUGACUGCGCCUGUUUGCCCUUCUCGGCAGACGAGAACGCGGGGGUGUCCCUCCCCAUUGGAAAGGCAGCGAAUUUUAAACCCCCCCAUGCGGAAACCUUGAACCUGUGAAAUUCACUGCCGGGAGAUCGCCGUGGAACCAAGAGCUUAGCAGGAUGGAUGGCCAAGGGUCAGCCGUUUCUGGGGCCGAGAACAGCCCCAAUUACACGGGGUAGGGUGCAAAGGAGGGGCACAGCGCCCGGUAUCUCAGGCCGUGAGCCAACCCCAAGCUUCCAGGGUUAGGGGUGGGACUAGAUACCCCCUGAGGUCUCUUCCAACCCCGAUAUUCUAUGAUUCUAAGUGCUUCCAUCUUCUGAAGCAGCUGGUCCUGGUGCCUGUUAGAGACAGGAGGAUACCGGGCUUGGGCAACCAGAGCGGAAACUAGUGUGGACCCACUGUUGGGGUGAAGUCGUGGGCCCGUCGGGAGUCUGUUGCCAUUGGCUUCGGUAGGGCCAGGCCUCUUUGGUCCCCUUGUUUAUGAUGGACCCCAAAAAGGGAUCCGUCUAGGAAACCAAACUUCUUCAGAGGGGAAGGGCCAGAAAAGAACCAAGGGAAUCUAACCCGCGAUGUUCUGAUCUAUAAAUGUCUGACCCUGUAUUGAACCUGUGAAGCUCUUGCUCUCGAUGCUGUCUUGUGGCAAUGAGUUCCACCGGCUACAGAGAUCCAAGGAAAUUCUCUUUCGCACAAUGCACCGGGUUACGUUUGCUGCCCUUCACUCUCAAUGAACACUAUGUAUAAGCGGAUGCACAAGGGUUUUGUAGGAUCGGAGGCUGUUCAACAAAUGGGUGGUGCGGGGGGUGAAUUCUCCCAUCAUCCAGGGACCAAAGAGCACCCCCCGCUCAGCAUUUGGAUAGACAGGCCCGAGGCCUAGUUAUAAACAGCCUUGUCCCCACGGAGGCUGCAGCGGGGGAUAAAUGUUUGCAGACCCAGACUUUGAAGUGGGCAGGGCAGGAUGGAGGCUGGUUGGUUGCAGGGGGUGUUUCUUUGGAGAGGGGCUGGAAAAGGGGGGCAUAAGAUGGAUUUAGAGGGUUGAACUGACCUGGUUACUUUGCAAAGCUCCUGUGUCCACACUCGUGUGUGUGUGUGUGUGUGUGUGUGCGCGCAGCCACGGAACUGUGACACUGGCGUGUGCGCGAUACACAAUCCCUGGGAGAAGCGGCUGCCCCCUGGGUGGGGCCGGGGAUGCUGCAGCCUUGACCUGAACAAUGAAGGGGCUCCUGGGUCUCUGUCCCGCUGCUGCAGUCUCAGGCCUCCCCUUCGGCCAUCCUGUCUCGCUGUUACGGCCCAGAGGGGGAUGAAACAGCCGGGCUGGAUGGGAGUGGGGCAUUCCCGGCCUCUGCUCUGCGCUACAGGGAGGGCCACAUCUCCAGUGGCUCUGGGUUUGAGGAGGAGCCCAGCCCAGCCUCGGAUCGGAAGGUCCUAGAUACGCUCCACGGCACAGUAGGGGCUGGAGAGGUAACGCCAGCGGGUGAGGGGACAGGACGUUUGGAGCUUGGAGGUUCUUGUUAAUGUCAAAUGUUACCAAUCGCUCACUUUGCCUGUCUGCCGGAGGGGAGGCAGCUAAGUCAGGUGAGUGGAGGGCAGAGAGCCAGGACUCCUGGGUUCUACUCCUGGCUCUGGGAGCAGAGUGGGGUCUAAUGGUUAGAGGGGUUGGGGGAUCGGGAGCCAGGACUCCUGGGUUCUACUCCUGGCUCUGGGAGCGGAGUGGGGUCUAGUAGUUAGAGGGGUUGGGGGACCGGGAGCCAGGACUCCUGGGUUCUAUUCCUGGCUUUACCGUUGAUUCUCUGUUGGGUUAGUCACUUCCCACUUCAGUACCUCAGUCUCCCCCCCUCGCCCCGAAAUCACGAUUCUACUGCCCAGUUUCCCAGGGACGUCACGCGUUCGUGACUCUGUGUGAAGGGUUUUGGAGACGUAAAAGCCCUACACGCUGUAAGCACUAAGUGGAGCUGGGUCAGGAUGUGGGUUUCUCCAGGGGGUUCUGGUGACUCUACCUUGGCUCUCAGGGUUUAUAUUGUUACCAAAACUCCCUUGAUUAAAAAAGCAGCCGCAUCGGGCAGGAAAACGUGGUCUAGUGGCUAGAGCUCAGGACAUCGGGGUUCCAUUCCCAGCUCCUGCUGGCUGACCUUGGACAGGUCGCAGCACUGUGUGCCUCAGUUUCCCCAUGUGUGAAAUGGGGCGAAUACCUGCCUGACUGUGGUUGUGGGGGGCUCCCUGUUGUCUGUAAGGCACCCAGAGGCUGGGCAGGGCUGCAGAAGCGCAGCGUUAGAGAUGAUACACUAGGUCGGGAUUUAUUCCGUCUGUUUUUCCCCCCCCUCCCUUUCUCUUACCGUUGGAAAUAGAUGGCUACAAACGAUUCCAAACGGUGAGGCUUUAGCUGAGCCAGGCAGCACUGGAGGCAGUGGGUGUGGAGUAGGGCGCUCGGAGAUGGGCUGGGAGCAUGAAGCCUCUUGUAUUCAGUGUUCUGUGUUCGCUGUGGAUUGUAAAAAUGCCAAUAAAUCAACUCUUCCGUUUUACUGGU